UAAAAAGAUAUUUUAAUACUAGAAGUUUAAAUUUUAUGUAAUUGAGUCUAUUUUAUAUUAAAUAGUUAUUAAAAAAUUCUAUCAAAAUGUAAAUAUCAUUAAAAAUGAUGACUUGUAUAAUAUUUGUCUUGAUGGAAAAUGUUUAAAAUCUCCUUAUGGAAAAAUAUUAAAAACCAAUUCAGAAGGUUUAGCUCAUGCUAUUGUUCAAGAAUGGAUAUCUCAAAAAGAUAUUAUAGAUAAAAGCAACAUGCAUUUUACAACAAUGUUGAAUAUGUCUCUAGACAAUCCACAAAAAUUAUCUAAGGAUGCUUUAAUCACGAGUUUAUUAUCAUUUUUGGAAAAUGAUACAUUAUGCUAUAGAAAUGAUGGUGAAGAAUUAUAUAUGCUUCAAUCUAAAUUAUGGGAUCCUUUGAUUGAUUGGUUUGAAAAAAGAUUUAAUGUCAAAGUCAAUUCAACAGUUACUCUUUUAAAUCCAAUAACUGAUUCCAAUUCAAAAGAAAGACUGACUAGACAUUUAUUUAGCCAUAGUUUUGAAGUUUUAACAGGCUAUAAAUAUAGCUGUGAAGCCAGCAGAUCAUUAAUCAUAACCUGUGCUCUAAUGGAAGGAACCAUUGAUUCUGAAAAGGCUGCAAAUUUAGCUUUAUUAGAACAAAAUUUUCAAAUUCAGAAAUGGGGUAAUGUUGAAUGGAGCCAUGAUAUACAUGAAUGUGACGUUAUAUCUAGAUUAGCCAGCUCUUACAUAUUUUGCCAUUUUAAUCAAGAAAUCUCCAAUAUACAAUCUAUCUCUUAAAUUUGAAAAUUAUUAUAGUUAAUUUACAAUGAAAAAGACUACGUUAUGCAAACUCAUAUUAUAAUAAACAAAGAAUAUACUCCCUGUAUGAAAGAUUAUUGAUCAAAUUCAGAUUUUUUGUAAGAAAAAAUUUUCCAAUUGUAUUUGAUCACGUAUCAGGUCAAUUCAGCAAAACUUUUAUCGCGAAUGUCGUUUAUCGCGAAGGAAUUUUAUAGCGAAGAUAAUAUCGCGAAACCAAUUCCGCGCAUUUUUUUCCGUGAAACAUUUAUAGCGAAGACAAUAUCGCGAAUUUAUUUCUGCGAAUACAUUCUAGCGAAACUUUGAUCGCGAACUCGUUAUAGCGAAUUUAUUUCCGUGAAACCUAAACCGCGAAUACUUUAUAGCGAAUACAUUUUAGCGAAGCUUAUCGCGAACUCGUUAUAGCGAAACUUUAAUCGCGAACCAUUUAUAGCGAAUUUUCUACCACGAAUGUAUUUGCGCGAAAUUAUUAUAACGAGCGCAUGACCGCGAAAAUUGCAUAUUCAUUUUAAGUGAAAUUGAUAUAUUCAAUAUCAAUUUACUAACCGAAGUUUCUUAAAUCAUAAACGCGAAUGUUUUAAGAAUAUUUUAUUACGUAUUGUUUUUAAUAAGCAUGUAACCUCUAUCUGAUGUGAUAGAAAAUAUAUUAAUCUUUCUGGUCUCACUCACUCAUGGUUGUAAGUAUGGAGGGGACAUUUGUUAAGUUUUUACCAGAAUAAGUUAACCCCCCUCCCAACAUAAAAUUUUAUAGUGUGCUUUAUGUCUUAAAGUAAAUGAAAUACGUAUUUUCCAAUCUAGAUAAAAAAAUAUACUGAAAAUUAAGAAUUUUUUAUGGAUUUUCUCAGAUUAUUUUAAAAAUUAUAGAAGAUUUUACUGAUAA